AUGAGUGAGCUAUUGAGCUACCUCUUGAAUAAUGAACUACAGUUUCGUCGUGCGCGUCUUGCCGCCUUGUAUUCCGACUUCCGCCAACAACAGAACCUGAAUCCGGAUGGCUAUCACGCAAAUAUUGAAGCAUGGCGAAAGGCACUGGGAAAUGCAGCACGAGCUGGGGUUAUGCCGUCUCAAGGAUCGAGUCCCGACCUACUCAUUUUGAAAGCAGAUGAUGAACUGUUGCGCGCAUUAGAUACCAAUGAAUGGGGAAGGCCUUUAUCCUUGGGGGCAGUUGUACAGGAAGCUAUCGCGAAGAAAGAGUUGAUGCCCUUGGGAGAAUUCAUGAAUGCUAGCGAUAGUAUCUAUACAAGGUCCUGGACUAUAAAACCUUGGGAUAUUGUUGGCUGGGGGUUGAAGCAGUUUGGCAUAUCAUUUGGAGGAGGUAAACUACCUGAGGGUAAAUUUGUCAUUGUUGGGAAUGUAGAAGAAGCUGCAAAGGUAUUUGCGGGCAAGAGUGUGGCAAAGACGGGGAGAGUUGGAAGGAUAUAUUCAAGAAGGAUGUUCAAGGAGGAGUUUGGCAGUGUGCUCGGGGAGCAUAUUCUCUCGGAUGUGGAUAUGGAUGCUUUUCUGAAGUUUCUCGUGAGGGAUAAGAGAAUCGUAGCUUAUGAUGGCGAAACUAUCAAGUUAAAAGCGCCAACAGACUCCGAGAGUCCACUUAUAACCCAAGAGGAUACAUCGAUAGCAUCAUUAAGAUCUCUUAUCGCGGAUCUCGAGAUUCAAACAAAGUUGUUCACCGAAAGAGUUGAGAUCAUGGACCGCGCAGCAAAAGAGGCCGUUACAAAGAAGAAUCGUGUAUCAGCACUAGCUGCUUUGAGGUCGAAGAAAAGCGCCGAAACUACUCUUGCGACUCGUCACGCUACCUUAUCUCAACUGGAAGAAGUACUUUCCAAGAUAGAGCAAGCCGCUGAUCAAGUGGAUCUUGUCCGAAUCAUGGAGUCCAGUACGAAGGUACUGUCAGGUCUCAAUAAGGAGGUCGGUGGUGUGGAGAGAGUAGAUGAUGUGGUUGAUAAAUUGAGGGAGCAAAUGGGACAAGUCGAUGAGGUUGGAGAUAUCAUUGCGGAGCCGGCACGAAAUAAUGUGGAUGAGGGUGAGGUGGAUGAUGAGUUGGGGGCUAUGGAAAGAGAGGAGACGAGAAAGAUUGAAGAGAAAGAACGUUUGGUCAAGGAGGAGAAAGAGAGGAAGGAGGCUGCAGAUACAAAGCGCAAGUUGUAUGAAUUGGAGGAAGUGGAGCGAAAGGCGAGAGCAGCUAAGAAGGAAGAAGACGUUGUUGGUGAAAGCACACGAGGCGUACGAGGGAUUUCCUUAGAACCAGAGCCAACCGCGGAGUUCGCUUGA